GGAUAGCACAAAAUUUAUGCAUCUAUAAAUAGUCCAGAGUCGAGGCUAGCUUACCUUUGGGUCCUGCAGCCUUGGCAUUGCGCAGCUGCCAGCAGGGUUGUCAGCUUCAUCAGCAGUAUCCUAAUAUUUCUGCAUUAAGGCCAAGGAGUCCGCACAGGUGCAUUGCCAAUUAAUUUUUUUCUCAAACUCGUCGAACUGCCUGGCAACCCUGGGCAGCAACAGUUUGUCUGGGCUGUGCGCUGCCAGCUGCGCUCAUUAUCCUUGCCAGCUUGAGCAUGUGUGCCAGCAAAUUGAGCUCUCCGCCGCAGUUGUUAACUCCGGCCACGCCUACUAAAUCCCGACUGCGUUUGCUAUGCUUUUGCGGACUGCUCAUCUCCAUUUACACGCUGUACGUGAAAAUCCAGCUGGACCACGAUGAGAACUACACGGCCAUGUGCGAUUUGGCCGAGAGAGUGAGCUGCACCGCGGUCUUCAAGUCCGACUAUGGACGCGGUUUUGGACUCACGCAGCUGGUUUUUGGUAGAAGCACGAGUUAUUUAAAUCCACCCAAUGGCUCCAUUGGAGUCAUCUUUUACUCGCUGCUCUUUUUAUCCUCCUUCUACGAGCGCCGUUGGCUCUGCCAGCUGCAGCUGCUUGCCGCAGUUCUGACCCUACUGCUCUGCGUCUACCUUGGAGGUCUGCUGCUCCUCGUGCUCUACGACUGCUGCCUGGUCUGCGUGCUCAUCUAUGCCGUGCACACGCUGCUCCUGCUGGAGGUAUAUGGACGUUACAAGCGCCUCUAUGUAAUCAAAACGGCUGUCGAGUGAAAUAUAUCACAAAUUUUACAUGGAACCUAAUUGGUCCAAAUACAGAACACAUUUCUAUUUUUUCUGCUCUCAUAAACCAUAAAUAUAUUUAUUUUAUGAUACUCUUUAGUAUUAUUGCAACAUUUUCAGUAACUAACGAAA